UUAAAUGGGCGAGCGAGUGGGUGGGUCUCGCGGGGGUAGCGUACCUGGCCGCCAGCCGUUGUGCUUCUCGUCAGUAUACCUGAGGCGCGCACAGAGGACGGGUGGAUUGAUCCUCGCUCCUGUUUGGCUGUGAUAGUUGAUAGUGGUUGUGAUGCGGUGAUAUACAACGUACAUGUGUGUGUUCUCCGCUCCAGUGCACAGUAGAUGAUAGAAGCCCCGAGGAGCCCCAGUGGAGGUGGUGAACGAGUGUGUGUGUAGUAGCGUGAAGGUGGAGUGGCGCAGCAAAGUUGGAGUAGUACUGCAGAGACUUCAAUAGGCCAUGUGCAAGUGUUCCUUUGUGCUCGCGGCCUGCCUCACGGUGGCCUGCCUCGCCGCGGCCACCUCGGCGCAAGAAUACGUCGACGACCCAGGUGUUCCUGACGAUGCAGCGCUUAGCGCCAGAAGUGCAGAACCGUCAAUGAUCUUCGACACCUCUGGGAUUGUGGUGAACCCCGGCGAGCCUCUCAACCUGGAUUGUGGCUUGAAUGGAGAAAUUCGCUACUGUAUCUGGAUGCACGGGGACGACAUCUAUCAGGUUCAAGAUGUGUACAGCAACGUGUAUGGAGGCCUUAGAGAACCCGAGAAUAAGGAGAACAACCAAUGUGGCAUUGUCGUGGACUCUGUGAACAUUGAGCAGCACGGGGAGUGGAAGUGUACAGUGUUUGUGCCAGGAAAUUCCUUGAGUAAAUCCAAGAAUGUGGUGGUCACAAUUCAACCAACACGCCCAAUCAUAGAGAUUGACACCUCACCAUUGGAGGUGGACACCACAGAGGACAACACUAUAGUGUGCUCAGUGGCAGCAGCAAGGCCAGCUGUUGGCAUGAAGUGGUACCUUGGCAACGAAGACAUUACAAAGAUGUCAGAGAAAGUGGAAACCCUCACUGAUGAUCAGGGAACCUACAAGAGUGUAUCUACUCUGACCAGAAGAUUCGACCCAAAGGACGAUGAAAAGACACUGAUGUGCAGCAUCACCCACAAGACUCUCCCCACCGGUGCAAAUACUUCCGUCCCUGUUCGUGUAAUGUUUAAACCUAUUGAGAAGGACACCACCACAUUCUACCAGAUCCAGCUUGGGAGUAACUACGAAGUCAAAUUCAACUUCUCUUCCAACCCUAAACCUGACGACGUGAUGUGGAAGUUUGGAGAUAAUCUUGAGAAUCCCGAGGGGUCCCUGGUCAUACCCGAAGCUCGUGGACGCUAUAGGACAUACUUGGAGGAACUGGGCAAUAACAUGUACACUGCCAAGCUGCUUAUUGAAGAGUUCACAUUAGAUGACUCCAACAAGAUGUAUUCCUUGUUGGUGCAAAAUGUGAUCGGAGAGACUGAGUACCAGAUCAGGCUCUCUGUGCAUGAACCUCCCAUAGAUGGUGUCUCUGAAACAAGCAACCAUGCCAAAAUUCCACCCACAGAGUUAUCAGUGUCUGAAUUUGAGACAGAGUCAAACAACUUGAGCGGAGGAGCCAUCGCAGGCAUCAUCAUCGUGGUGGUGGUGGUGGUGGUGGCCAUUGGGGCGGCGGGCUAUGCACGUUACCGCCAGAUGUUCUGCUUUGCCUCACGAGCCGAGAGCAAAGCCCACAUUCAAGACCCAGAACGCAACGAAACUGACAAUGGCACGGCCAACGAUGCCAUAAAGGCUUCCACAGACCACGUAAAUGGCAAGACUGAGAACACAGUGGCCAAUGGCAAUGGGAACUUGGAACAGACACAAGUGGAUGAGGUCAACAAUGAAAAAAAGAAUACAGAUGUGUGAACAAUUUUGUCAUAUGAAGUGAAUGCUUGGAUGAAUCUCUUGUCAGUACACAACUUCACCUAGUAAUGGCUUUUACUCAUUCAGGAGAACAUUAGCACAGGUUGCAAACAUUCAAAGCAUGUAUGAAAGUGUUGGAGGAGAGUCCUCAGUGUCUGCCCCACUUACUGUCUCUAGAUAAUGUACUCCCAAACCACCUUAACUAACGGAUGCACAGCAUUAAUUUUAUGCAUUCCAACUUGGCUUCUUUCAUUAGUUGUAACUCAGGUGAUGCAGCCUUUCUGGGAUACAUGAAGUUAUUGCUAUACAGCUAAUGGUUAUUGUGCCUUAGAAAGGGUGUAAAUCAUCAAGGGACACUUGAUGUAAGUAUUGAAGUGGGCAUAUAUUGUGUGCUGAAAGAAUGCUAUAUUUAUACACUGGAUAAUGGUGUGUGUACACUAUCACUGAUUAGCUUAAGACCUUCGAUGUUGCCAGUCCUCAUUGCUGAUAAGUGUGCUGUUUCAGUCAUUCCACAUUUAGACAUCACAGGUCACAUAUAGCUUUACUUGUUCCAUGAAAUGAGAUGAGGAUCAGCUGUGUUCCAAUCCCAUCUCAGCUCAACCAAUGAUGUACAGUCUCACGUAAUCUUUAUUGUUUUUGGAAGAAGCCACUGGGGCUUUCUCUGUAAUGUGAUGUCCACAAAACAGUAUAAAAGGACCCUGGCAGCAUAAACUCGGGGCCUUGGUUGACUUGGAACACGUGCCUCCCUCUCCACCAACUCCAAGCCCCGUGUCCGUGCUGCCUUGCCUUGCUGUGCUGUGGCCCAGUGGACAAAGGACAGUCUAGUCCUCCUCGCUGAUUUGGCAAACUUGCCGCCUCAUUUUUAUCAAGGAUAAUUUUAAAGUGUAAAGAAGUAUAAUAUCGGUCACAUUCUUGUACAUAAUAUUGUCCAUAUAUAUUUUUAGAUGGCAAAAAAUGCUUGAUAUAAUUUGAAAAUUAAAAUACAUUACCAGUCAAUUCAAAGUAACUUAAGGACAACUGAAUGUUAAAAGAUUUAGGGAAGCAAUGAAUCUCAAUUAGACUUGUCAGGGAAAUACUCUGUUGAAUCCGUUCUUCACCAGUAAGCCUUGCAAAAUUAUACUCCACAGAAUCAAAGGGUGGUUGUCACAAAGAUCUGACAUGGAUGAACAUUGUUUUUACCCAUGUAAAGUUAAGUGAUAGACUAAGAAUUUUAAUAAAUGUUUAAUGGAA